AUGCAACGACUCCACCAUCAUUCUCACCAAGACGCAACUAACAUCAACGAGUGGCAAUGCCUUGAUACCUUGAAGCAAAAACUGUCCGUAUAUACUCAGCGAUUGAAAAGGUAUAAAGCGUCCAGUCACAGAAAGCACGACAAUGCGCUCUUUCAACGAUCCGAAAAGGCAUUCUACAGGAAACUGUCAUCCGAACCCCAGGAAAAGAGCAAAACGGUGCCCACAAAGGACCAAGUAGAGGAAUUUUGGGGCAAGCAGUUUGGCUCGACAGCUUAUUACAACAAGUGUGCAGGAUGGAUUACAGAUGAAGAAGCGAAGAGCCAUUAUUGCAAUCCCAUGCAGUAUAGGGCAUAUACCAAACAAGAAAUCGUGGAUAUCGACCAGGUCAUUCCUACCAACAAUUACAAGAGGUUCAUACUUAAGAACUUGCAACAGUCUGAUAAAUGCAGGUACGGCUGUCAGGACUCCGAAACAAUACAGCACGUAACUGGUGGAUGCCAAGCAUUCGCUCCAACGGACUAUAAGGAGCGCCACGACAUAGCUGCCAAAAUCAUUCACCAGGAGUUGGCAUACAAAUUCAAACUGAUCGAAUGCAAGCUACAGUACUACAAAUAUACACCGCAAUGUGUCCUCGAGAACGACAAGUAUAAACUAUACUGGGAUCGCACUGUGCUUACGGACCAAUACAUAAAACAAAACAGACCUGACAUAAUCAUUGUCGACAAGGACGCCCAGAAAGUAACACUGAUUGAUGUGGCCAUACCUAAUAGUAACAAUUUAACAUACAAACAUAAUGAGAAAGUUGCAAAAUACAGGGAGCUAGAAUUUCAAAUUAAACGCCAGUGGAAAAUGAAGUACGUGGAAACAAUACCAAUAAUAAUGUCAUCUACAGGGGUGAUACCAAGAAGGCUGCUAGAAAACAUCAAAGCGCUGGAACUGAGUGAAAACAUUUACAAAAUCAUACAGAAAGGAGUUUUGCUGGCAACUGCCCGCAUAGUAAGAAAAUUUAUGGGAAAUGCAAGUACCUAG